AUGAGUAGGCCCUUAGACCUUGCUUCGCAUAGAUUGAGCACGCCUAUUAUUAGAAUCGAUCCAGACGAGGAGCUGUAUAAUGCUAUCAAAGAUAAAGGAUAUAAUUUCCCAUAUAAAAAAGUUCGUGAAUGGUUACAUAACCAGAAUGAAUGGCAAAAAUAUGCCCCACCGCCGAAAGAUACUCCACGGGGGAAGACAUGGAAAGCAGUAUUACAGAUUAUAGACGUGUCUAGCAGAUUCAAAGCGAGUGUUCCUCUAAUAUCGAAGAAUAGUUCUGAAGUUGCUAAAGCAUUUAGGAAAAUUUAUGAUAAUCCCAAUAACCCUCUUACGUAUCUGACACUUCUACAAUGUGAUGGUGGGACGGAAUUCAAAAAAUCG